GUUUCAGCUAGCAAAAUGGACGAGGAAUUGGCUAAGGUGGAGGCUCAAAUCGGGCUUCUUGAGCCGCAGAUCCAAGCGGCUGGGGAAUCUUUUCUCUCUGCCCUUCAGAGUGGCAAUCAAUCUCUGGCGGAAUAUUGGCGGAAUGAGAAAGAGCAGCUGCGGAAGAAGGAAGAGCAGCUGCGGAAUGAGAAAGUGCAGCUGCGGGAGGAAAAACUCCUUCUCCUCAGAAGUAAUGUGCCCCAUGGAAUCGAAACAGCCAUUAGACGUCGGUGUGACAAUUAUAUCUCUUUCAAACGGGAGGCAAUAGAACAGUUCGCAGUAGACGAGUCCGGUUACAAAGCAAGGUUCCCUUCUGCUCGGACACUCGUGUACUCACUUGGUGGUAGACCAUGCAUUUUGUGGGAAGGUGUUGGAAGUGGACUCGUAGAGUUGGACACAAGAUUUGCAGGAAGGUUGUCAAGUCAGCAGGUUACUGUGGUCUUAGCACCUAGUGGAUCAGGGAAAACAAGAAUGCUGAUUGAACUCGCCAGCACCAGGUUCAGUUUGUUUUUCACAGGUGACCGUCCCAUGGUUGGGUUUGGAGGAGGAUCAAAAGAUAUUCACAGAGUGGCCAACUGGAUGGAAAACAGUUUUCCGAGAGGAGAAAGAAAUAUUACCCCAGAGCAUCCAGUGGUGCUGUGUGGCGUGGGGGCCUUAAUUCUUGCACGUCUCAGUUUUUUCAAAUUAUUGAAAGAGUGUAAGCCAGGGCUUGUUCCACGAGACUGGGCGUUUUUUCAGCUGGAGUAUCCGGCAGUUGAUGACGUGUUUCUGGGACUGCUUGAGGUGUUGCUUGGUUUGGUUCGUGACGUCCAUCAAGUGCCCACUUUUGUGAAUUACUUCACUAGCAGCAUAGAAAAGCUGGUAAAAGAGGUGGGUUGGGGGGAUGCCACAGUAGUGCUAGACGAAGCGCAGUCAUUAUUACAGUGCAUGAAGGGGCGCUUCAUAUCAGGCCGAACUCCUCAGGAAGGGCAGUCGCUGUUGAAUCCCAUCGUCCUUGCGCUCAAGUCAUAUGGUGUGCUGCAAAGUCCCCUGUUUGUUUCAGGUACAGGAAAGAGCAUGUUGACGGUUCGGGAGGAUCUUCUUUCUGGAACUAUGAAACCGUUUGAUGUGCGAGAGAUUUACAGUCUACCUGGGUUUGAUGGCAGCAACAUCCAAGCGUUUAUGGAAAGGUUUAUAGAUGUUAGUCGACUAGACAUGCUAGCUGUUAUCUCCACCUACACAGGAAGAAGAAGAAUUUUAUCAACCGCUAUUGAGCAGUAUAUUAUGGAGACUGCACCUACUGCAGAUUGGUUCAUGGAGUUUGCACGAAGGAUGGUCACUGAAACAGGCCGGGAACUUGGAGUCCAGCGCUCUCUGGGGGAUGAUGCGGUUUUGCUGUGCAACGAUCCUGAGACGGCAAGCUUUAUAGAAGAUCUGAUAUUUACUUACUAUCUCUCAGGCAAGACAGCAAGAAUUACGUGAUAUUGUGAUAUUUACAUUUACUUUUUCAGGUGCCCGACAUGUGAUUGUACCAGGACGGAGGAGGGCCAUGACUCUUGUAGACUGGGGUUUCGCAACUCUCCUUGAGGGCAGCGAUGGAGCGGAACCUUUUGCCCCAAUAGUUCCAUAUAUCAGAGGGGUCGCUGAUAAUGAAGCUCAAGCUCCCGGUUUGCGAGUUACAACAGAGACUCGUCGUUUGUCAGUUACAACAGAGAUUCGCUAUGUAAUCUUGCAAGAGCCUUUGGUGGUAGAUGCACUGUGGCACCACAUGUCACAGGGUAUGCACAUGGGAUACUUUCUGAACGCAUUUAGACAGCGUGUAAUCAACUUCGAGACGUAUGUAUGUUGGGAGCUUGGACGUGCCUUUGAGAAGAAGGUACCGGCAGAGGUGCUCGGAUUGGUUGAAACACACACCACAUACAAGGAGACAUAUGAGCUUUUAAAACAGAGAGGGGCAUCAGAGGGGGCUGUUACAGUGAUUGAAAAUGCAGAACAGCUGAACGAGUGGCUCAAGUCAGUGGAGACUAGUGUUUCGUUUGCAACAUAUGGUUGGAUAGGGCAAUUUUGUGAAGCAGGACCAGAUGCGAUGUUUUUCCUGUGGAAUGGUAAGCUGAACAAGAUUAUGCCUGUGUUUGUACAAAUCAAAACGGGAAGUGACCUUGGAGCAACUCAAGCAUUUGCGACGCUGGACAUCAUGAAGCUGGACAAGAAAGUGAAUUCAGAAGGCUCUCACAAACUCAAAGAGUGGUGUUCCACUGGGUACAUAAGGUUGGUUAUGACAACAAAGGAAUGCUCACGAGCAGGAAUGCGGGCAAGGCAGAGUGAGCUUUUAAAAGGAAAAUGUUCAGAAGAAGAAGCAGGGGUUCCACCUUUGUCAGCUAUUUGGGCCAAUGAAAGGAUACGUGGUAUUGUGAACACAGAAUUACUAGAAGCUAUAGAAAAGUUCAAAUAAAAACGGAAUAAGUUGCA